UAAAAAAAAAUCAUUAAAAAUAUGUCGCAAAAUUUAAAAUUUCUUUUGGUCGCAGUUUGCCUUUUGGCAGCAGCUUAUAAAAUUCAAGCGGAAAAAAACAAAAUCCUAGAAUGUUGGCACUGCAGUUCAGAUACAAUCGGUUCAAAAGACUUUUGCGACACCACAUUCCAGGAAGAUAAUAUACCAACUGAGAUAUUGAAGGACCGCAGAAUAAGUGUGUCACGCCAUUGCAAUAACACAAUCAAUUCCAUGCAUGAACGCGCUGUUUGCCGUAAAACCGUUGAAAAAAUUAAUGGAGAAACCAUAACCAAGCGUUUUUGUUACUAUACCAACAAAUCGGAUCCAUUGGAUCAUUGUCAAAAGGACCCAACCGAGAGUAGUGUGCAACGAAUAUUCUGUGAGGACUGUGAGACAAAUAAAUGUAAUUCGGCAAAGAAAAUGGGCGUCAUGUUGGGUGGUGUAGUUCUGCCAGUACUCGUUGCCAAAUUGCUUGAACUUUAAAAAGUGCUGCCAAAGCAGUGCUCAAAAUUUAGUUAGUUAGUUUGUUAAUUAAUUGAUUAUUAUGUUCCAUAAGCUACGUUCAAACGGUCAAAGUAAGAACUAAGAAAAAGUGCAAGAAACGUUCAUGUGAGAACCUAAGAUCAUAAUAAAAAUUUCAUAUAUACACACUUAUAUAAAGUCAUAACAGUGAUGCCAGUGCAGUAUUAUUAAUAAAACUAUAUUUAUGUUAAAGAAUUAUAUAAAGAAACAACUGUUAAAUUAUUUAUUAAAGCUGAAGGAAUUUUAUUUUUUUUAACAUUUAACACAGUCUUAAGUUUUGGAGGAGCUUAAAUAUCUUAAAUGGUUGUUAGUUAAUUCGGACUGUUAAACCGAAUAGGCAGCCUGGUCUCAGUUAAAUAUCUUUGAGAUUCGCUUAGUUCUUAGUUAGUACUCUGACCGCAGUCUAAGCUUAGUUCUGAACAAUUUGAAUAAUUUAUUUUAUAUUUCAUAUGUGUGUCUUAUUCCGGUGGUAAAAAAUUGGCCAAUGUAAUUUUAAGUUAUAAUUAGGUUUAU